UCCAAAUCACGCCCGGACAUCUCCUGCAUAGCCCGCGCCAUUCUGCGCCAGUCUUCAAACGGCCAGCUCCGGGAAGCAGUCUCUUCGCUUGAGCAAUUGACCCGCAAAGGAAUUCGCCUUCCCUGCGAUACGCUAGCUUUCCUCAUCAAGAAGUGCGCCGAUUGGAAGUCGCUGAAAUUGGGGAAAUGGGUCCAUCUCCACUUGAAGGUGACAGGACUGAAACGACCCAACACGCUCUUGGCCAACCAUUUGAUCUACAUGUACUCCGAAUGCCGUGACCAUAUAGGCGCCCGGAAGGUGUUCGACAAAAUGGUACACAAGAAUCUCUACUCUUGGAACCAUAUGCUUUCUGGGUAUGCUAAAAUGGGCAUGGUAAAGCCGACCAAGAAGCUUUUUGAUAAAAUGCCGGAGAAAGACGUUGUGUCCUGGAAUACUAUGGUGUUUGGGUAUGCAAAUAGUGGGUUAUGCGCGGAGGCUUUGGAUUAUUAUAGGGGAUUGAGGAGGGCGGGGAUUGGAUGCAAUGACUAUACUUUUACUGGUUUGCUGACAAUUUGUGUGAAGUUGAAGGAAAUUCAGUUAACUAGGCAGGCUCAUGGCCAGGUUCUGGUUGUGGGUCUUCUAUCCAAUGUAGUCGUGUCAUGCUCAGUUCUUGAUGCUUAUGCAAAAUGUGGGGAGAUGGGUUUCGCUAGUAGUUUAUUUGAAGAGAUGAAAGUAAAGGACGUGCUGGCAUGGACAACGAUGGUUUCAGGUUUUGCCCAAUGUGGGAACAUGAAGACGGCUACUGAGUUCUUCCAUUUGAUGCCUGCAAAGAACCCUGUUUCCUGGACGUCUUUGAUUGCUGGGUAUGCCAGACAGGGCCAAGGGCACAGGGCUCUUCAGUUGUUUGCUAGAAUGAUGGCAUUCCGCAUUAGACCAGAUCAAUUUACAUUUAGCAGUUGUCUUUGUGCUUGUGCUAGUAUAGCUUCUCUAAAGCAUGGGAAACAGGUACAUGCUUAUAUGACACGCAUGAAUUUCAGGCCUAAUGCAAUUGUUGUGAGCUCUCUCAUCGACAUGUAUGCAAAAUGUGGGUGUUUGGAUGCUGGUAGACUGGUCUUUGAUGCCACGAGUGUUAAGAAAGACGUUGUCUUGUGGAAUACAAUGCUUUCUGCCCUAGCACAGCAUGGCCGUGGUGAGGAAGCCAUUCGCAUGGUCGACGAGAUGAUUUGUUCAGGGGUAAAGCCAAAUAGGAUAACGUUGAUCAUCCUCCUACAUGCUUGCAGCCAUUCCGGUCUUGUGCAGGAAGGGCUGAGGGUCUUUGAGUCUAUGACCCUUAGUCAUGGUGUCGUGCCAGAUCAAGAGCAUUAUGCUUGCUUAGUCGAUAUCCUUGGACGGGCUGGAGAUUUUGACAAUUUGAUUAACCAGCUUCAGAAAUUGCCUUGUGAGCCCAACGAGCAGAUUUUGAGUGCUCUACUUGGUGUCUGUGCAAUCCAUGGGAAUAUGGAGCUGGGGAAAACAGCUGCUGAACAGCUUAUGAAGUUGGAGCCUCAAUCCCCUGCAGCCUAUGUACUAUUAUCAAGCAUACAUGCUACACUUGGGAAAUGGGAUUCGGCGGAGCAAUUCAGAGAACUCAUGGAAAAAAGACAGGUAAAGAAGGAACAGGGCAUUAGCUGGAUAGAGCAACAGAACAAUCUGCACACAUUCACUGUAUCAGAACAAUUAGCUGGUCACCAUGAAGAAGAAGAAGAGGAAGAAGAAGAUGUGCCUUCAUCGCCCAUUGAUUAA